AUGAGUAAAACUUACACGAUAGUAAUCAAGUUAGGAUCCUCAUCUUUGGUUGAUGAGAAAACGAAGGAACCCAAGCUUUCCAUCAUGUCUUUGGUGGUCGAAACUGUCGUAAAGCUUCGUCGAAUGGGUCACAAGGUUAUUAUAGUUUCGAGCGGUGGUAUCGCUGUUGGACUGAAGACACUGAACUUGGAGAAGAGACCUAAGCACUUGGCGCAAGUACAAGCUAUAGCUGCGGUGGGCCAGGGCAGACUGAUCGGAAGAUGGGACUCAUUGUUCUCACAAUUCAGUCAAAGAAUCGCUCAGAUCUUGAUAACUAGAAAUGAUAUUGUGGACUGGACUCAAUAUAAAAAUGCACAAAAUACAAUAUACGAGCUUUUACAAAUGGGCGUGGUUCCCAUUGUCAAUGAAAACGACACCUUAUCGGUAAGUGAAAUUAAAUUCGGUGACAACGACACUCUAUCUGCAAUCACGGCUGCUCUGUGUGGGGCUGACUAUCUUUUCCUACUUACAGAUGUCGACUGUUUAUAUACUGAUAACCCAAGGGCUAAUCCUGAUGCCAAGCCAAUAUUGAUAGUUCCAGAUAUGUCUCAAAGUUUGAAUGGCGUAAAUACUUCCGGUGGUUCUGGCUCAGACGUCGGUACUGGUGGUAUGAUGACAAAACUGAUUGCAGCAGAAUUAGCCACGAAUGCCGGAGUUAACACUAUCAUAAUGAGAAGCUCAGAACCUGCCAACAUUUAUAAGGUCGUGUGUUAUAUGCAGACUUUAGAGAAUAAAAGUGAUAACGUCAUAGACAAUUUUGAGCAAUUACAAUUGAGUGAGUUGGACCAUUUGAAGAAGAAUAGAAUUCCGUUGCACACAAGAUUUACAGCGGAUGAGAAUCAACAUCAUUUAAAGAGUAGAGAGUUCUGGAUGCUGCAUGGUUUAGUAAGCAAGGGUGCUGUCGUGAUAGAUCGAGGUGCAUAUGCAGCUCUUACUCGCAAAAACAAGGCUGGUCUUUUACCUGCAGGAGUCAUUGAUGUUGAGGGGCAGUUUCACGAGCUCGAAUGCGUGGAUUUGAAACUUGGUGCUAAAUUAUCAGAUGGCAGCUUGGAUCCCAACACUCCAUUAACCAUCAUAGGAAGGGCCAGGUGUAAUUAUACGAGUGGGGAGCUCCAAAAGAUAAAGGGACUGCAAAGCGAUCAGAUCGAAUCUGUGUUAGGCUACGCCGAUAGCGAGUACGUUGCACAUAGAGAAAAUCUGGCUUUCCCUCCUCAUUAG